GAACAGCAGAAGUCAAGAAGAAGUUACCAGAGUUACCACUAGGAACAGCAGAAGUCAAGAAGAAGUUACCAGAGUUACCACUAGGAACAGCAGAAGUCAAGAAGAAGUUACCUGAGUUACCAGUAGGAACAACAGAAGUCAAGAAGUUACCAGAGUUACCACUAGGAACAACAGAAGUCCAGAAGUUACCAGAGUUACCACUAGGAACAACAGAAGUCAAGAAGUUACCAGAGUUACCACUAGGAACAGCAGUAGUCAAGAAGAAGUUACCAGAGUUACCACUAGGAACAACAGAAGUCCAGAAGUUACCAGAGUUACCACUAGGAACAACAGAAGUCAAGAAGUUACCAGAGUUACCACUAGGAACAGCAAUAGUCCAACAGUUACCAGAGUUACCAAUAGGAACAACAGAAGUCAAGAAGUUACCAGAGUUACCACUAGGAACAGCAGUAGUCAAGAAGAAGUUACCAGAGUUACCACUAGGAACAACAGAAGUCCAGAAGUUACCAGAGUUACCACUAGGAACAACAGAAGUCAAGAAGUUACCAGAGUUACCACUAGGAACAACAGAAGUCAAGAAGUUACCAGAGUUACCACUAGGAACAGCAAUAGUCCAACAGUUACCAGAGUUACCACUAGGAACAACAGAAGUCAUGAAGUUACCAGAGUUACCACUAGGAACAACAGAAGUCAAGAAGUUACCAGAGUUACCACUAGGAACAGCAGAAGUCAAGAAGUUACCAGAGUUACCACUAGGAACAACAGAAGUCAAGAAGUUACCAGAGUUACCAAUAGGAACAACAGAAGUCAAGAAGUUACCAGAGUUACCAAAAAAAGACCAACAGAAGAAUCAUUACUUCCCCUACCAUAGAGCAAAACCAAAUAAAUAUCAGAUGAGACUCAAUAGCAGACGACAGCAACCCUUCCAGGAGAGACAUCUCCAGUUCAUGGCAAUUCUGAUCCAACUCAGCAAUAACGAGUACCCGGAUUAA